AAACAAUAAUACCUAUAUCAUUUCAAAUGAUUAUAAAAGAGUUUAAUAGUAGAUCAAUAAGAAAUGUCAGAUCAUCUGGAAUUAGUACAGAUCUUCUUGAAAAUUUCUUUAUAAACAACCCUUAUCCGAGUAGAGAAGAUAUCAGAAAUCUUGCUUUUCGCUAUCAAGUCGAAGAGAUAAAAAUCAAAAACUGGUUUAAAGGCAAGAGAGAUAGAUUAAAGACAAAAAAUAGAAAGACAUUAAUAAAAGAUACAAGAAUGAAUAUUCGUUUCAUUUUAAAUAAUAAUUAAUUUUUUUUAUUAUAUUUAUCUAUAUGUAUAAUAACUUAAAAUUAAUUCACUAU